AUGUCGAAUCGAUUCGACCGACCUCACCGCGAAGGUAACGGCUAUGGCAACUUUGGACGUUCCAACGAUGACUACCGGUCCGGGUAUCAAGAUGGCUACGGCAGCGAUCGAUAUGCCACACCGCCUGCCACUCAACAGCCGCGACCACCACCCAGUCUUCGACAGAUGUCCUCCCGAUCACGCAUACCACAAGUACAAGCUCCACCACAACCAGCAGACACUCAUGCUGCACGGCAAAUUACCGAGGUUAUCGACCACAUAAAGAAAGAAUGGCCUGCAAUGUGUCAAGACGAUUGUGUCCCUGUUCAACUGGCGUUGCAGCUCCUCGACAGGAGCUCGGUUGGUCGCGCUCACGAAUACGCCCAGUUCCAGCAAUCACAUAACUACCUGCAAGAGUCGCUUAAGGGCAUCGUCCACGAACACCACCAGGGCUUCAACAGUUCUAUAGGUACAUUUCACAAAAUUCAAAGUAGCAUUCAGCAGUCGCAGAAGCGAGUACGUGCCUUGAAGGAAUCACUGGCGAGUUCCAAAACAAGUCUCUGCGCAACGGAUCCUGAAUUAAAGAAACUUUCAAAAUCAUCACAAGAGUUUGACGCCUUGGUGCAAACUCUUAAUGAGUUGGAUGACCUCCGAGCAGUACCGGAUCAGUUGGAGGCAAGGAUAUCGGAGAAGAGAUUCUUGACGGCUGUGGAAGUGCUUCAGAAUGCGCUGCGAAAGCUACGGAAGCCUGAAUUGGACGAUAUUGGUGCCCUUACUGACUUGAGGAGCUACCUUGCAAACCAAGAGACUGCCCUGAUGGAUAUCCUUGUAGAAGAGCUACACGAGCACCUCUAUCUCAAGUCACCGUAUUGCCAGGAAAGAUGGCAGAGCUUGGCUAAAACGCAAGGCGCCGUCACCGAAGGCUUUGGUGAUAUCAAGCCCAUCGCCCCAUUUCACGUUGUUCUCGAUGCCAUUGACGUUGACAAGACGGUCCGGGAAGAUCCUAUGAAAAAUCCCGAAGCCGAUACAUUUUACUAUGUAGGACUGCUGGUGGAAUCUCUAAACAGGCUCGGACGUUUGCAAAAUGCCGUGGAGACUCUUAAGCAGCGACUCCCAGUUGAGCUCUUUACCAUCGUCAAUGAGACUAUCAACGAGGUGGAUCAAAGGCAUCCCAGCUCUUUACGAGGAGGAUCAGCCAGAGGCGAUGGUCUUCACGUCUAUGGAACACGUGAAACACAAAUGCGAGCAGAUGUGAUCUACGACCUCUUAUGGUCUCUAUAUGGCAAGUUUGAGGCAAUUGGAGAAGGUCAUCGUGUGUUCCACGAGUCUAUCAAGGUCCUGAUCCGAAGGGAAGGCGCUGGUAACAAUAGUGCCCUACUUGGAAGCUUCAAAGAGCUGUGGAAUCUAUACCAGAACGAGAUUAGAUCCUUGCUGCAUAAUUAUGUUACGACCGAUGCAGAUGUCUAUCAGUUCGACUCGCCAAACCCAGGAGAUACGCUCCAUGGCAAGAAAGACAUACGAGAGCAUCUUUUCAAGUUUUCUGAAGCGAACACAAAGUCUGUUGAGAUGACGAGUGAAUACGACGCAUUGGACAACAUCAUCCAGGAUGCCGUUCCUGGGCUAGGAUCUCGAAAGCAAGACAGAAAAGGGCGGAACGUCCAGGAAGGAGGAAGAAGAGGAGCAGGAGCAGGAGCAGGAAGUGAUGGUCCGUUUGGAAACAGUCAUCAAACAACAGGCUCGUACAAAUCUCUGGUGGAACCUAGUGUUUUCAAUAUGAGCUUGUUACUACCGCCAACGUUGGUCUUCCUGCAGCGUCUCAAGAACAUCGUCCCUCCCGGCUCAGACCUGGCAGCAAGCACGCUAACAACGUUCUUGGACAAUUUCUUGGUCAAUGUCUUUCAACCACAACUGGACGAGACUCUCGCCAAAUUGAGCGACACCGUCUUUGGGGAGGCAGAUGCAUUCACACAAGACCCAGCCUGGAGCCAGGUAGCACGUCGGCCUGUGUUCCGAGGAACAACAGCCUUUUUCGAGGUUGUGACCGCUUUCUGUCGUAUGCUGGGAACCAUACCACCAGACCAAGCACUCAGCUCGCUGAUUGUCACUCAAAUGAUGCGAUACUAUGACCGCUGCUUCAGCUGGUUCAAAACGCUUGUCGUCAAAGCUCUGGAUCCGGCCACCGAGAUUAGCAACGACAACCUGAGGUCAUCGGCACGAUUCUCUCUGGACCAGGGAGAGAUACAAGAAACAAUGAAGAAGCUUUUCAUGUCAGAAGAGAUGGAUUGGGAAUUGGCCGAAAAGGAGAUACACUUGUUGAUGGAACUCACAGAUGAGUCGCCACUCGACUCGGGUGACAUCAUUCAGGAUCGAGAUUCCAUCUCAUCCCUGUGUUUAUUGUACACCAGCAUGAAGUGGCUUGCAGUUAAAAUUGCUGGCCUGCGGCAGAUUACAACGCAUGACACCGAUACAUCACGACAAAAUCUGCCUCGACAUUCGAGCCGAAGAUGGACUCUUAUGAACGAUACUGGCAAGACCGCAGGAGAAGAAGGUCCUGUGUCACUACCACUAACACAGGAAACUGUGCAAGCGUUUGACAGCAUAGUGUCGUCCUUCGAAGAACUUGCAGGAACUGCGCUACUAACUCUCCACAUGGAGAUCCGGUGCCGCAUAGUUCAUUCAUUGUCCAUUGCCUUGUCGCCUAAGGUGGCACCCUACCUGCUUGACCAGGAAGUGAGUGAACCUGAUCCCCAGAUCUUGAGCCUCAACUCGGAAUUGGUAUUCUUUGACGAGACGAUCGUGAAGUAUCUCAGAGAGAAAGAGAUAGCCUUUAUUCGAACGGGUCUGGGGCUGCUUAUAAACUGCUAUCUUGUGAGCAAUGCAUGCAAAGCGUCGCCUAUGAAUGACAAGGGCUGCGGGCGUAUGCAACUCAACAUUCUUGUGCUGCAACAGAACCUCAAGAACGUGGAGGAAGGGGUAGACCUGGCGCGUGCAGCAAAUUACUUUUCGCUAUACGAACAAGGUGCAGACGCCAUUGUGGAGAAGGCAAAGGAGGACAAAGAGCAGCAACGGGGAACCAGCGCGCAGGACCCAGACAACUUUUCGUACGACGAACUCAAGGCACUUGUCGAGCUCUGCUAUAGUGAGGCUAUGGCAAAUCCUGAACGAGGAAUCGCCACUGCAGCCAAGCGACAGAUGCAGGACAAACUGCUCGGGCUGAGCGAGCACAUGUGGCAGACAUAG